GCAGUAGACAGUUCUUUUCUCGUUCUUCUUGGCUUUAAAAGUAAUACGUCGUUUUCAGUGUGUUUCACUCUUUACUUUGUGUGCCAGUAUGUAGCUCUCUUUAUCUGAAGAAUUCCGAACUAAACACUAGUGACAAAGGAAGAAAAAUCAGUUAUUGAGGGUGGAACAACGAACAGGCAAGCUACUGAGGAAAGAGAAGAGCUUGUUGCAAAUGGCAUUUUUGACAACCCGAGAGUAUACAAAUAAAUUAAAUGUGCAUUUUUUAGAAAAAUUUUCGUAAUCUGUCACCAGUAUUUUAUUUUUGAUGAUUUUGUUGGUGUUGAAAGUUGUAUCUUAUGUCUUUGUAUGUACUGAUCUACGAAUAGGUUAUGUUUCCAACUUUCAUUAGCAUCCUAGAUAUUCAAUCAUGGUGGGAGGUCCCAAGUAUCGCUCACUUUUGUUCGCUUUUUCGAACAGCUUUUAAUCUCUUAGAUUUUGAUAUUGAGGAUCUUGAAGAAGCUCUUCUUACUGAUGGUACAGAAGAAUAUUCUUGGCUACAAGAUUUAAUAGUACGCCUUUUAAGCGGUUGUCUUAAAAAUAAUGGAAUCUCAACUUUUAAUUACCAGAUGUUCCUGAGAAGGUUGUUCCGCCAAAAAUGCCAGGAACACGAUCGUUAUAAUCCUUUUAACACAGAUAUUGAUUUUCAGCUUCUACCACUUAGAACUAAAGUUGAUAUUUUGCAUGCUCUUUGUGACUUUCGCCUAGAUGCUACUGAUGUGUUAGACCAGCUAAAAAACCUAGAAGCAGAUAGUCUUAGAGUGGAACCUCUUGGAUAUGACAGUAAUGACUCUGCAUAUUGGUACUUUUAUGGGACUAGACUAUAUAGAGAAGAUUUUGCAUCAAAGAAUGAUAAAAAGAAGACUGUAUGGCAAGUUAUUUGUUUUACACAAGAUGAUUGGUUGCAAUUAACCAAGAAAUUUAAGAAGUCCACAAAUAAAGCAGAAAGGCAGUUACAUCAUACUUUAAGUGAAAAUUUUCUACCAGAAUUGCCAAGAUUGUUUAAAGAAAAAGAAAUCUUAGCUAGGAAGAGGUUGUUGGCUAGGUUGCCUAAGAGGAGUUCUGAUAGGUUAAAACAGCAGGAAAAAGAGGAAGAUCCGAAAAAAGAGGCAUGCCCAUUAGUGAUUGAAGAAAAUAGUUUUUUGAAUCAAUAUCGGAAGGAGCAGGAAUCCAAGGAAGCGGAGGCAGAGGUAAAGAGGAAGGAUUUGGAGACAAGGAGGCAGGAGUCUUACGAAAGGCGGAUUAAAUUAAGGGAGAAUAAGGAGUGUGAUGCUUUGAGUGAGACCUCAGUAGAUGAAAUGGCAGGUACAAGGAGUAAAAAAGCAAAAAAAGUUGAAGAAACCAAGAUUUCAAAGUCUGGCAAAAAGAAGGAAAAGCAGAGCGAUGAACCAACAAUAUAUACAUCCAAACCGAACGCUGUUGGGAGGCAGACCAAUAACUCCCUUUCAGCAGCUACAGGUCAAAUAGUUAUAGAGCAAGUUAAAAACCCCAAUAAGAAAAAACUGAAAACAUCUCAAGUACAAAUUAAGAGAAAUCUAUGUGGUGGGGUCGCUACAGGGAAACGAAAGAGAUCCUAAACCGAAAACGUAUUAAGUUACAAACAAAAUUAAUUUGGUUGUAAUAGUAAACAGUGAUGUUAUUUAAGAACUUAAUAAAAUUUUAGACUAUC